AUGGCAGGAGGAAAGCAGCGGAAAAAAGGGUGGAAUCCGUUUAAACGUUCUCACCGACGGCAAAAGGUGAACGAAGAUGAACAAGCACUCGAUUCCUAUGAAAGCAGUGUCUUCAGUAGAUCACUUGAUUCUAGCAAGAUGGACAACUUCUCUGUUACUUCAAUGCGAGACGAGAGCGACAAUGACAGGGGACAAGCCUUUUGCGAUGCCAAGGAGGAAAUGUCGGGAGAGGCACCCAGCUCCCCAGCAGUAGAGGAGGAACCAAGGGACCUUACUCAACAAGAUAGUUCGUGGGAUCCAAAGACUCCCUCUCAAGGACCUAGCAUGUCGUUUGAGUCGCCCUUCAAAAGCGCAGUUGAGGUAGACCUAGAUGGCCCUAGCUUCUUCAUGGAUUCGUACCUACCCAAUACUUUACUUGAGAAUGGUAUGGGUGGCAUUCCAGAGGUCGCCCUGGAUCCACGCCUUCUAAGGAAUGAAGAUUCUCAGGCAGAUUUUGAAGACUUUGAGUCGGUAGACUUCAAUCCAGAUUCGUCGCAUUCAAUUGCGUCCACGCCAACCUCCGUCAGGGCAAUUAAUGAAGACGACUUGAUGGACGACUCCUUGUCGGCCAUGUCCGGGAAAGAGAAUGGUUUUCAUGAUCCUGAUUUAUCAGAGUACAAAAGCCCGCUAAAUCAAGAUGGACACAAAGAAUUCUUCUCGGAAUAUGAUGGUGGAGAGUCUGAAGAUCUCACGGCCACCGGUCACUUUCCGCUGAGCCCGUCAGAGAACGUCGACCAGAACUUUAUUGAAAGGGAUGCUCAGGAAGAUUCCAAAGGGAUAGAAAAACAUAAUCAUCAGCGAAAUGCAACGUUGGCCGAUAAGAGGAGGAAAGGGAGACCCUUCCGUUCUCGGCUGAAGAACGUCCUUGCUAACAAAGCGCUCACCAACCUUACUCAGAACACGAACGUGUUAUCUCCUUCUGUUGCUUCGACAAGGUCUGCCAAUAUAGAUUCGCCACACAACAGGAAGAGAGACAGCGCUCCUUUGGCAGUUGCUACAACUACAAAUUUGACUACCACACCUCGUAGCAAAAAGCUAUGGUCGAAGACCAAAGUUACACCUAAAAGUGCCGAGACUGAAGGAAACGCAGACGCCAAGAAGUCCUGGUCUCAACUUCUUCGGUCACCCCAACACGCAACCAACAAGCGAAACGAAACACAAAGUUCACCUGGUACACCUGGCACACCUGGCACGCCUACGGUGGAUGGAAGCAACAGCACGACGAGCAGGGAAACUGAGGAUGUAGACACCGUUGACUGCGAGCCCCUCAACAUUGCCUUCCCGACUAUACUGGCGCACGCGCAAACGUUUUCCCAUUACCAAAGUAGGACCCCGAGGAGCAUCGUUGAAUCGAAAUCGGCAAAUCCUGCUUUGGACCUUGACGAAGACGCCUUCACCUGCAACACCGAAGUCACAGAAAUCACAGAAACGAUCGAAGUUGAGAGCAAAGCGAGCCGGGCAGUGUCGAUCAUGGCUACUUCGGUUAUUGAGGACAAAGAAGAGGAAUCCCAGCAACAAACUCCCAUCAAAUCGAGCACAUCCAUCUCUCCUCGUGGUAAAGGGCACACAGAUGUGGGGGAAGAGCAACCCCCUCCACCUCCACCUCCGCCCCAAUCUUCUGCCCCCCCAAAACUUGUGAUUGUAAAACAGAAAAGCAACGAGGAUCAAGCUGCGAUAAAAGAUUCAUCCGGAGAAUCCAAUGAGAAGAAAGAGCAACAGCAAGGAUGUGAUUCCAUGAAGCAGACCGACAAAAAGGAGAAGAAGGAGGAUUCCUUAUUCGAGCCUUCUCAAUUUGAGAUAUUUCCUGCAUUGACGGCCAAUGAAAGCAUGUGCGGAAAGAGCCAAGAAGUCAUAUCAUUACGUGCGUCUGAGUCAGCUAUUGGGUUCACCCUAUCUGAAAAAGAGAGAAUCGACGGCACCGCAAAGCUAAAGAGAGGAGAUCUGAGCGUAGACCAGGCACGUAGUCUGGACCAGAAAGAUUCCGAGGUAUCCGAGUAUACAUUGUCGCAGUACGUGUCAGAUCUCAGCGGGAACGCCUCUUGCGACGAGGACACAAAGAAACUAUCGCAAUGUCAUUCCGGUCUCAGUCUAAAUGCUUCUUCGAGCGACGAGCACGACAAAAAGCAACGAAAGAAAAUCUCGAUGGGGAGAAUGCUGUUUCUCAAGAAGCGGAAGAAAAAGUCCUUUCCGUUACCUCGACACCCGUCCCCCGACACGAUCGAUGAAGAAGAGGGCGAAGCAGAGGAAACACCGUUGGUUGGCUGGUUUGAUUCUCAGAACAGCAGGAGUUCAGACGCUGCUGAUGAUAUAAGCAAGAAGGGAUCAAGUGAUCCAUGGACUAGCUCCUAUGAUGUUGAUGACGCCGGGCAGGUCGAGGUAAAGGAUGGCCGAAAAACAAGUUCGGCAUCUUCCUCCGGAUUGAUAAAAGUUGGCCCUUCAAGAAAGUCAAACCUGAUCUACUGGUCUCAUUCGACAGAUAACUUAGAAGUUGUAAAGGUUGCUUCGAACCGCAUUGGCGUCGAAGAUGGUUCAGUUGCAACUGGAAAUGGUUACAGCGUUCCAAAGAAACAAACUAAACCCGCCAACAAGCCAACGCCUGAGAAAUUAAAAACAAUCGCAAAUACGUUGAAGCAAUCCAGCAGCUCAGAGUCACGCGAGCUUCAAAUAUCGGCUUCAUCGGCAUCAUCAGCGCAAACCAGGAAUGGAGAUAAGGGUCCAAGAGGUGUAGCAGUGGGUAGUCCCUCGCCAAGAACAGCGGGUAUCUUAGCCAUGCUUGAGAAACCAAGUGUCGAAUACAAACCCUCGAAAAUAGGCGACACGAUUGCAGCAGACAUAGUGGAAAGCCAGUGUUCAACUUUGUCGGAUUUCUCGGGUACCGGUACGGAUACGGAUGGAACGGACGGUUCCGCAUCCUGUGGAAGUAGCUACUCGGCAGGCUCCGAACACUCGGCUAAUUCGGAAUCUGCCAUAAUGUCUACGACCAGCGAUCUCGGUAUCUCAAAAACUGCAACCUUCGUCAGCCCUGAACCGCUGCUGACCAAAACAACUGCCUCGGUAUCGGCUUCCCAGGAUACAGUUCCGCAAUCCGCUUCCGAUUCCGACGAAGACGUAUUCAGUCGUAUCGAGGACGACGAGGAUGACUCUGUCGACGAAGGGCGGACCGCUUUCUUUCAGGGGACUGUCAACGGUCCGAAUCUAUUGUCAGCUUGCACUCCAUGUCAUGCUGAAGUACCGGUUCGCCGUCGCAGACGCAACGACAAAGUGUCAAGAACGAACUCGUUGGUCGAUGGAGAGAUCUCCUCUUCCUCGUCUGGCGAGUAUUCUUCUUCGGAUUCUCGGUCAGAAGUCGACAACAUUGAAGCACACAUGCAAAUGGCACAAGAAUGGCUUUCAAAGAUUAGUUCAGCAUUUCUUGGCAACGACGAUGACGACGACAGCACUGUCGUCAAUAGCACAAUUGCAAAUACCUUGCAAUGCGAAUAUGCCGGCGUCUUGGGCCGUUUCAAGAUAAACGUCAACAAAAACAACAAGGAGUGA